AUGGAUGUGGCAAAUUACACCUCCAUCUCUGACUUUGUCUUGCUUGGCUUGACCGAUAUAGCAACGCUUCAAGUGUUCUUGUUCAUAUUUUUCUUGAUGUUUUAUAUAAUCAACUUGAUAGGCAACCUCUCCAUCAUGGUCAUCACCAUUAUAGAUAAAAACCUCCAUACCCCUAUGUAUUACUUUUUGUGGAAUUUAUCAUUCCUAGAUAUCUGCUAUUCUUCUGUGGCUGUCCCAAAGAUGUUGAGGGAUUUUCUGGUCUUGAAAAAGACCAUCUCUUUUGCUGGCUGCAUUUUGCAGAUGCAUUUCUUCCAUUUUUUAGGAAGCACAGAAGUUAUGCUCCUAACAGCAAUGUCAUAUGAUCGAUAUGUCGCCAUUGGUAAUCCUUUGCGUUAUGCUGCAAUCAUGAAUACUAGAGCAUGUCAGAGUUUGGCAUUUGGCUCGUGGAUUACUGGAUAUUUCCAUUCCCUGUUACAUACACUGAUGGCAGCAAGGCUUCCAUUUUGUGGACCAAAUUUGGUGAAACAUUUUUUCUGUGAUAUUAAACCAGUGCUUAAGUUGGCCUGUACCGAUACUUCUCUCAAUCUGAAACUUCUCACAAGGGUCACAGGAACGUUGGCCACAACAACUUUACUACUAACUCUUCUCUCAUAUGUUUUCAUCAGCAAAUUCCUGCUAAAGAUACGGACAGCCGAAAGUCGAAAGCGUGCAUUGUCCACCUGUAGUGCUCAUCUUACUGUUGUCUUUUUGCUGUAUGGAACAGCUAUUUUUACAUAUUUACGCCCUUCAACCCAAGACUCCUUAGAUCAAGACCGAGCAGCUGCUGUUCUGUUCACCGUUAUAACUCCAGCCUUAAAUCCAAUAAUAUAUACACUAAGGAACAAAGAUAUGAAGAAAGCCAUGAAGAAACUUGUUAAAACUUUAAUUUUUUGA